UCCCCUCCCUCCCCAGAGCGGGGCCGGGCCGGACCUGCCCGCGCCGGCAGCGCCAUGGCCAGAAAGCGCAGAGCAUCGCCCCGGCCCGCGGCCGCCAAAAAGAGGCGCUCCGGGGGGCUGCCGAACGAGGAGGAGGAGGAGGAGCAGGAAGAAGAAGAGGAUGAUUUUGAAAAGAAAAAGCCCAGUUUAAAAAAGACCUCAAAAGCACCAGCUAGGAAGAAGGGAGAAGAUUGUGAUACUGAAGUUUCCAACUCAGCAAAAACUUCCAAACCUUCAAAACAAGAAGCAAAAUCACAAAUAAAAGAAAGUAAAAAGAAUGCUAGAAAUAAAGAAAAUUGUAUCAAAGAGGAAACAUGCAGCAGUGACCCACUGAAGCAUCCUCAGGAAAUGAAGAUAAAGACAGAAUCUCCUGUUAAAAAAGAGAUGGAUGAAGACAAUACUGACAACGAUGAUGAUGAUGAUGAAAGUGAAGAUGAAUGGGAGGAUGUGGAAGAACUUCAGGAACCUGCUACAGAUAAGUUAGAAGAAGCUGCAGUUCUUCCAUCAGUGGGGCUGCCAAGAAAUCCUGUCGAGAUAGAGAUUGAAACCCCAGAGCAGGUGAAGAAAAGAGAGAGAAGAGAAAAAAGAAAAGCUGAGUUUGAGAUGUACCUUCGGAGAAUGAUGAAACGUUUCAGCAAGGAGGUUCGUGAGGACACACAUAAGGUUCACUUGCUGUGUUUAUUAGCAAAUGGUUUCUACAGGAACAGGAUCUGCAGCCAGCCAGAUCUCCUCGCCAUUGGUCUGUCCAUCAUCCCUGCGCGCUUCACCCAAGUGCCCGCAGGCCAAGUGGGCCUUGUCUACCUUUCCAACCUGGUGAAAUGGUUUGUUGGAACCUUCACUGUCAAUGAUGAGCUUUCCACUGAAAAAGGAGAGCCCCUUCAGUCAACACUGGAGAGGAGGUUUGCCAUCUAUGCUGCACAGGAUGAUGAGGAGCUUGUUCAUAUAUUUUUAAUUAUUCUGCGAGCAUUACAGCUGCUGUGUCGCCUUGUGCUGUCUUUUCAGCCUAUUCCUCUCAAGGAGACAAGACCAAAGGGAAAGAGCUCAUCCAAGAGGCUGUCUCACAGCAGCACCUCUGAGGGACAGGAGAGUGCUGCCACAACACCCAAAGCUGUGGCAAAAACAUGCCCCUGCAAAAAAGCCAAGCAGGAUGAGAAAUCCUCAGGGAGCAAAGAAAACAACAAGGAGCCAAAGAAAUCCAAAACUGCCCAGACCAAAAGCUCACACAAGUCAAAGCUGACUAAAGGCCAGGAACAGAAGGAAUCAAAUAAUGAGACCAGCUCAGCAGAAAAAGAUGUGCCAGUCAGGCCCAAGAACGACCGCCGGAGACGAGUGGCCUCCAAAGUGUGUUACAAGGAAGAGAGUGGAAGUGAUGAGGGCAGUGCUUCGGACUAUGAGCUUUCAGAGGAGGAGAGUGAUGUCUCUGAUGAGGAUUUUGAAAGUGUCCCUAAGAGGCGGAGAAGCUCACAGGCCUCCCAGAAUUCAAAGCUGACAACUAUGAAAAGGUCAAAAGCUGAGACUUCAGAAACAAGGCAGUCAAAAAAUUUGCAUGAAGCUGAGACUAAGCCAGCAAAAAGUACAACUCCAGGCUUACCUCAAGCACCGAGGAAGAGAAACAAAAUCAUUUCUAGUGAUGAGGAUGAAGGACAGCAGGACGUGAGGAAAGCCAUGGGCACGGACCAGUGGCUGGAAGUUUUCCUUGAGCCUGAGGACAAGUGGGUUUGUGUAGACUGUGUUCAUGGCAAUGUGGGCCAGCCCCAGCUGUGCUUUGCACAUGCCACAAAGCCGCUAUUCUACGUUGUGGGAUUUGACAACGAUGGGAGUGUCAGGGAUGUGACACAAAGGUAUGACCCAGUGUGGAUGACCUCAACAAGGAAGAGCCGUGUGGACCCCGAGUGGUGGGAAGAGACACUGCAGCCCUAUGAAAGUCCCCAUGUGGAGAGGGACAAGAAGGAGGAAAAUGAGUUUCAAGUGAAACUUCAAGAUCAGCCUCUACCAACAGCGAUUGGAGAGUACAAAAACCACCCCCUUUAUGCACUGAAGAGGCACCUCUUGAAAUUCCAGGCCAUCUAUCCCGAGACAGCUGCUAUCUUGGGGUACUGCAGGGGAGAGGCUGUCUAUUCCAGAGACUGCAUACACACUCUGCACUCCAGGGACACAUGGCUGAAGCAAGCUCGAGUGGUGAGGAUUGGAGAAGUGCCUUACAAGAUGGUAAAAGGAUUUUCCAACCGGGCGAGGAAGGCGCGCCUGGCAGAGCCGGCGAACCGGGACCGCGAGGACCUGGCGCUGUUUGGCCGCUGGCAGACAGAGGAGUAUCAGCCUCCCAUAGCAGUGGAUGGAAAGGUUCCUCGGAAUGAAUAUGGCAAUGUCUAUCUGUUCUUGCCAUCCAUGUUACCUGUUGGCUGUGUGCAGCUGAAACUGCCAAACCUGAACAGAGUGGCACGGAAGUUGAACAUUGACUGUGCUCAAGCCAUCACUGGAUUUGAUUUUCACGGCGGCUACUCGCACCCAGUUACUGAUGGGUAUGUAGUGUGUGAGGAGUAUAAAGAGGUCCUUGUUGCUGCCUGGGAGAAUGAACAAGCAGAAAUAGAAAAGAAGGAGAAGGAGAAGCGUGAGAAAAGAGCUCUAGGGAAUUGGAAGCUGCUGACAAAAGGACUUCUCAUCAGAGAGAGACUGAAGCAACGCUACUCCAUCAAGGCUGAGCCAUCAGCACCUGAGACAGAGAAAGGAGAGGGAUUCUCUUCUGAUGAAGAAGGAGCUCCAAGCUCAGAGAGCACAGUGGGGAACACAGCCAUGUAUUGGCCCCAGAAUCGCCAGCUAGAGAAACAAGAAGAGAUAACAACCAAAAAGAGCAAGCGAGAAAAGAGAGGAGAAGCAGCUCAGCUGUUCCCUUUUGAGAAAUUGUGAUUACAAGCUUUUCUUUGGUGUUCUCAGAUGCAGGAAACAUAGUCAUGAUAGAAGUAUCCUUUACCAGUUAGGGCCUUGGGCUCUUCCUCUGCACUUGUGUUUCUGAGCAGGCAGGGACCAACCUAUUUCAGUAUCCAGUUUCCUUUGAGACCACAGGUAUCACUUGGGUAUCAGAUUCUUCUUUUGUCCAUGGACUUGGAAGAAGAGCUGCACCUUCCAAGAUCACUUUGCUUUGUUGAAGUUUUUGCUCUCCUUUGUACCACU